AUGGCCUGCCAAGAGAGUGAGUACCUGGAUGACCAGAAGAAAUGUGUCCCCUGCAGGAAGUGCAUGCCUGGGCAGGAGCUUUCCAAGGACUGCGGCGAUGGCAGCGGCGGGGACGCGCAGUGCGUGGCCUGCCCUCCCAGGAAGUUCAAGGACCGCUGGGGACACCACGGCUGCAAGCCCUGCCUGUCCUGUGCCCUCAUCAACCGCCUGCAGAAAUCCAACUGCACGGCCACGGCCGACGCUGUCUGCGGGGAGUGCCUGCCGGGGUUCUACAGGAAGGCGCGGAUCAGCGGGCAGCUGGAGUGGGAGUGCAUUCCCUGCACCAAGCAGACGCCGUCCUCCGAGCCACAGUGUCGCUCCAGAACAAACCUGGUGAAGGUCGCUGUCCCUACUGUGCCACCACAGGACACAGCCCUUCUUGCACUGACCAGCAGUGCCCUGGUCAUCAUUGUCCUGGUGCUUCUGGCACUUUCCAUCAUCUACUGCAAGCGAUUCUGGAAAAGCCAGUGCCAGAGAGUCUUCCUGAGGACUCAGAACUUCUCGGGCCAGCGAGCAACGUUCCCAACUGCAGCAGCACCCGGCAGGUUCCUGUGUGAGGAGCAGAUGUCUGGACCCUGCUGCCUGGGUGUGAAGAAUUUGAGCCCUUGCUACAGGCAGGCAGAAGGCCCCGUGGAAGCAGUGCAGUUCAUUUCUGAUGGGGAGGCCGUGGGUCUCCAGCUCCCCUCUCUCCAGCCAGAGAUGGACUUGCCACCAGCCAUUGCAGCCAGCACUGUCUCCAAGGCCCAGCUGGGCAGGAGCCUCCUGGAAAGCCAGCCCCUGAUCCGGGCCUCAGGCCAUGGUGACUGCCUGGAGGGGGUCCUGCCGCCCCCCGCCCCCAGGCAGGGCACGGUGGAGGCCCUGGCCCCCCUCUCCUCCUGUGCCUCCGAGAUGCAGCACAAGUGGCCCCAUGCCCCCGUGGAGUGCACUGAGCUGGACCUCCAGAAGUUCUCCAGCCAGGCGGAGUUUGUGGGUGGUGAGCGGCUGGAGGACGCGGCUGGCCGGGCUGUGAAGAGGAUUCCAGCAGAGAGCAGUGCUGGGGUGCAGGAGAGGGCUCAUCACCUGCCCACAGCUGAAAUCCCACCCGGGGAACUGACACCAACCUUGGGGUCUUUGUCUUGCCAGGUGGAUGAUGCCCAGACCCUGGUGACUCAGAUCAGCAGCACGGCCAGUGGUCUCCCAAUAGCAGAGCUGCCCCAUUCCUUGGUGCAGUCUCUGGCCUUCCUGUUGGACCCUUCCUUGAGCGGUGUGAAGAACUUCAGCCACGUGGCUCUGGAGCUGGGGCUGAUGCCGCAGCUGCUGGGGCGGAUUUCGGGCUUUGAGCAGCUGGUGGCACACUUCACCUCUGCGGGAGCUGCGGUCACCGUCCCUCUGCUGGCGCGGGCGCUGCAGCGGCUCCAGCGCUUCGACGCCCUCCUCCUGCUCUGCGACCACUUCACGCUCAGCCCCGCGCCCGACCGCCAGCGCUAG